AUGAACGUAGAGGUGUUUUCAUUUUUCCACGUAACUUUUCUGCUAGGACCAUUGUAUUUCCGUGUAUACGAUCUACUCAGAUCCAAGGUGAACGGUAACCUUACUCAGGGACACAAGAUGUACCUCCACGCAGGUCAUGAUAUCUCUGUCCUAUCCCUGCUACGAGGGAUUGGUUACAAGCCUCUGCAUAUAGUGAGGCCUGGGGACUGCGUCUUCUUGGAACUCCAUAACUUGUCAAACAUUUACUAUGUAAAGAUAUUCUACCUGUCGCUGCUGACCACGGGUGAAGAGUUCCGAGAGUUGCAUGUCCCAGGUUGCCCCCUCCCCUGCCCCCUCUCUACAUUUCUGACCCUGGCUACUCCUCUGUCCCCUUCUCAGUGGGCGGCAGAGUGCAGUUCAUGAU